AUGUUUAUCCGCCCCUCUACUGUUCUCGUCGUCGUCGUCGGCCUGAUGGCCCUCAUGAGCGCUGGAGCGCCAGUGGCUGUUAUCGAUGACAUCGACAAGCGCGGGGCACCCCCUGCUCGUAGGACUUCUACCAUCGAUGACAUUGACAAACGCGGGGCACCCCCUGCUCGUAGGACUUCUACCAUCGAUGACAUUGACAAGCGCGGUGCACCCCCUGCUCGUAGGACUUCUACCAUCGAUGACAUUGACAAGCGCGGUGCACCCCCUGCUCGUAGGACUUCUACCAUCGAUGACAUUGACAAGCGCGGUGCACCCCCUGCUCGUAGGACUUCUACCAUCGAUGACAUUGACAAGCGCGGUGCACCCCCUGCUCGUAGGACUUCUACCAUCGAUGACAUUGACAAGCGCGGUGCACCCCCUGCUGCCAGGACUGCUAUCAUCGCUGCUCUCGACUAG